UCUUGUUCUGUUUUUUCUUGGAGUAAUUUCGUGGAGCUUCAGACGAGAAAAGAUCGGAGCCGCUUUUACACACCGCGCAAAACCGCUCUCCUGCUCGGUUUUGUGUUUUCCCCAACAUUUUUUGACUCUUGUAUUUGUGAAUGAAAGCGGCUGAGGAAGAGGAGGAGGCGCAGGUUAAGUGGACGCUGUUUCCAGUGCACGGAUCGCCUCCUUUAAUGCGCAAAAAUACAAGACGCGUUUUCCCCUCUACAAAUCUCUGACUUUGUGCGCCGCUCUGGGGGGAGCUGCAAACUUUUUUCUUUUAAAAAAUAAAUAAAAAGCUCGGAUUGCAUUCUUUCCCCCUUCAAACAUUUUGGAGGUGAUGUCAUCGGCCCGUGUUUUGGCUGCUGCAAUUGCGCUCGAGCUCCAGGCAACGGGCAGCAAUUGAGUCCGGGAAAUCAGGUGCAGAGAGCGGCUGUCGCGGUUGUCUGCUUUCACUUUGCCACAUCCUCUGAGCUAGACCGCGGCGGGCUCUCAUCUGCGCGUCUCCAGCGCCAUGGACGCGUAAACGCCGCCGCAGGGCGCAGCAGCCAUGACCGAGGCCACUCCGCGGUACCUGGAGUCCAGCUCGCCGCCGCGUCUUCAUUGCUCCAUCCCCGUCCAGGUGCUCUGCCUCCCGCGGCGCGUCAGCACUAAAACACCCGCACGAAUCCAUGCUUGCGCGCUCCCGUUUCAUGGAUCUCAUCUGUUUUAAACCCAAUCAAUAAGCUCUCUGUGCCCGUGGAAGGACAUUUUCGAAUGUAAAGCUUCAGACUGGAAAGUUACGCUUGGACAGCCACGUACCACUACUUGGAAAUACUGGGCACGAACCCGAUUUCGCUGUCUGUUGGGUUCCAGGAAGCCUUUUCGCAGCCAGAAAGUUUUUUUUAAAAAUUUAUUUAUUUAAAAAUAAAAAAUUUUACGAGCUUUCACGGAAACGGCGCAUAGGUGUGGGUCGUGUUUGAACUUCACUUCACCUGUUUCCCACACUCCGGAGGAUAGAGCUGCGCCCCGCCUCCUGUCCGUUACUGACCGACCGAGCGCGCACCAAGAUGCAGUACAGCGGUGCCAGCGGGAGCAUCCGCGGACCGUGCGUUCAAACGGAUUAAACAGGACAGACGCGAAGCUGUGACCCCGGAGAGCCGUUUCUCAAGCGCGCACGAAGCCACUCGGACGCGGAGGAAGCGAUGUGGGCCUUUCUCUCCACGCUGGCUGUCUUGUAUAUCCAGAUAAUGCUGGUCAUGUGUAAUCCGCUACAGGUGUUUGGUGUGGAUGGGGUGAAUUUCAGCGUGCAUGUGGAGAAUCAGACGCGUGCACGAGACGCCAUGAGUCGACGACAUCAUCGCGUGUACCAGCUUUAUAGCCGCACGAGUGGAAAACACGUCCAGGUGCUCGGACGCAAAAUCAGCGCUCGUGGAGAAGACGGAGACAAAUAUGCCCAGCUCGUUGUGGAAGCAGACACCUUCGGUAGCCAGGUGCGAAUCAGAGGGAAGGAAACCAAUUUUUACCUGUGCAUGAACCGCAGGGGGAAGCUCGUAGGCAAGAAGGUCAGUAAUCGUAGCGCGGAUUGCGUCUUCGUGGAAAAGGUUUUGGAAAACAAUUACACAGCGCUCAUGUCAGCACGCUACACGGGGUGGUACGUGGGCUUCACCAAAAGAGGGCGCCCUCGCCGUGGUCCGCAGACGCUACCAAACCAGCAGGACGUCCACUUCAUGAAGCGUUUUCCUCCCGGAGAGCAGCCGGACUUAACGCCGUUCCGCUUCACCACCGUUAGCAAGAGGAGCAAGAAAGUCCGUGCAGCACGACCACGCUAAUGCUAAAACUCCACUGUCUCGCUGUGAGACCACGCUUACAUGAGAACUGGAAAUAAACUAAGACAGUCCUACCGGACAGUCCAGUGAAAAUGACACUGCUCAUGCAAAGCAGGAUUUGAGGUAGGACAGUCGCGCCUUAUUUGAACAGACAGUGCUAAAUGCUAAUCUAAGGGCGCCACUCCAUAUUUCACUGGGUUGGACGUCGUACAACCCUACUGAUAAACACUAGCUAAUUCACACCAGAACUGUGGUUUACGACAGCUUACUUCAGACACUGAGAAGUCGAACCAAAGCAAACACAACGGAAAGGUCUCUACGGGCGGACGAACCAUUAGGCUGUUUAUCCCGCUAACGGCCCACAAUCCCAUAAUGGAGAAAUGAUCCUCCCAGCACUCUAUACAAAACACAACCACAUUGGCCUGUAGACGCUGAUCGUGUUACAAUUUUCCCAAGACAAGACUUCCAAGCUUGGACGUGAUCCCGCUUAAGGGAGUGGAACAGAUAUCCUUGAACUGGAGAAGAAUAUGGACUCAGAUUGGAAUCAGAAAGAGAGAGAGAUUAGAGAAUAUCGCAAGCCCUUUUGAGAUUUAAUCACGUUCAGGAUAUGAAUUAAUUCAAUUUUCACUAUCUAAAAUGCUAAUUCUUGACAUCAGAAAUUACAUUUGAUCUAGUAAACUGUUAAUUCUUGAUAUAAAAUAUGACAUGACAUCAUUACUCAUGGAAAUACCCAUUCUUUAUUAAGCCAUAAUUUUUUAUAUCUGUAAAUGCAUUUUCACUAGAAAACUUUCACAAUGAUCUGUAAUUCCCUUCUGCUCAAAAUGCAAUUACAGAUAUCUUUAAUUAAGUUCUUACUAGUUAAAAUUCCAAACUCAUAUAAUCUAUGUAGUUCAUACUAGUACAAAUGAAUAUUUGAUAAGAAUAAUAACAUUGUUACAAGUGCAAAUGUCCAUUCCUAAAUGUCCAUUAGUAAAUAUUUUCAUUUUUGGUAUCUGUAAUUUGGUUUUCACUAGUGGAAAUGUUAAUUUUAGAUAUCUAUGAUGUUAAUGUACCUCGUAUAAAAACCAUUUAAGAUAUCUUUAAUUACUUUCCAAUUUACUGAUUUUUGAAAUCCAUUCCCAGAUGUCUGAAAUACCAAAUCUAACAUGUUGAAAUAAACUUGGAGAUUUCAAAACGUAGUUUUACUAGUUGUAAUUCAGUUGUGGAUUUUAAGAAUUAGUGUUUUCGUGAGUAAUGACGCCAUUAAUCAAGAAUUAAUGUGUUUACUAGUGCAAAUGUAAUUACUGACUUAAAAUGUUUUGCGUUUUCACUUGUUGCAAUUCAUUUGCUGGUAUCAAGAAUUAGCAUUUUAACUAGGGCUGUCAAUCGAUUAAAAACUGUAGUCAAGUUAAUGACAUGGUAUGCGAUUAAUCGAAUUAAUCGCAAUUAAUCGCAAUUAAUAGCAUAUAUAAAUAUUUGCUGAAAAAGCCCCUCAAAUAGCAGUAAUUUAAUAUAUAAUGAUAAAAUAAUUAUAAAUAGUUUUACUUAAUUAUAAGCAAAAUAUAUAUAUUAUAAAAAAAAGAAUACAGAUAAUUAAAAUGCAUUACAUUAUUGUGGCACACGAGUAAAGCGUUAAAAAAGAUGGUAACACUUUACAAUAAGGUUCCAUUUGUUAACAUUAGUUAACAUGAACUAUCAAUGAACAACACUUUUACAGCAUUUAUUAAUCUUAGUUAAUGUUAAUUUCAGCAGAUACUAAUACAUUUUUAAAAUUAAAAGUUGUGUUUGUUAACAUUAGUUAAUGCAUUAUGAACUAACAUGAACUAACAAUGAACAAUUGUAUUUUUAUUAACUUGCAUUAACAAAAAUGAAUAAAUGUUAUAAAAAAAUAUUGUUAAUUGUUUCUUCAUGACACCUAAUGCAUUAAUUAAUGUUAACGAAUGGAACUUUAUUGUAAAGUGUUACCAAAAAGUCAAAACAAAAAGUGGCUUUAGAAUCCAAUGUAUUGUUUAUUUCCAUAUUAUUGAACAUAAGCCAAUCAUUGGCCUGCAGUUCACAGUAAUCCAUUUUGCAAUUGAAUUUGUCAAUCUGUCCGAAAUAGAUUUAUUAUAAGGGCUUUUCUAAGGACGCAUCAAUGUACACCUGCGUAAGACGGACGCUUUUGGAGCAGCUCGGUUUUCAUGGUGUCAUAAACAUACCGUUUUUAGGUCACUGUGUCAAGUUUAAUGCAGUUUAAUACUUAGAAAAACACAUCUUGAGAUCCCUACAUUUGGAUUUGCGCUCCAUCAACCUGUGUUUAAAUGCAAGAACGUGUUCUCAUAUUGUGCUGUCUGUUGUCGAUAAGUGUGGUUUGGUCUCUGUAUAAGCUAUGCAUUGCCUGUACAGCUGGAGUUUUGAUUACUGCCCCCUGGAGAAAACAGGUGGUACUUCGAGCUUUAAUUAUGGUCCGGGGACAUGAUUAAUUGUGUUAAAAAAAUUUUAACGCAUUAUUUUUUAUAUAAUUAAUCGCAUUGGAUUAACGCAAUAAAUCAACAGCCCUAAUUUUAACUAGUAAAAAUGUAAUUAUAGAUAUCUAUAAUUCAUAUGCUGCACGAUUAAAUGUCAAAAUGGCUUGCCAUAGAGAGAAAGACUACUGUUAUAUGAGAGUUGUCCAUCUGAUAAGACCUGCCUUAAAGGGAAAGUGUACACAAAAUUAUAAUUUUAAGGCAUGAUUUUCAAUUUCAAUUAAGUUUUUAAUGAAAUUGCUCAAAAAGACAUUUAAGACAUUACAGCAUAAUUUUCUGUAAAGCUGCUUUGAAACAAUGUGUGUUGUGAAAAGCGCUAUACUAAUAAAAAUGACAAGACAAAAUGAAAAUUCUGACAUUAUUCACUCACCAUCAUGUCAUUUUAAACCCAUAGGACUUUCUUUCUUCUGUGGAACACAAAAGGGAAUUUUUUUAAUAAUCUUCACGCAGUCAUACAAGUAGUCCAUAUGACUUGAGUGGAAUAUUCAGAGUCUUCUGAAGCCAUAUGUUGUAGUUUUUGUUAGCAACUGACCAAAAUUUUGGGUUGUUAGUCAAAAAAACAAAAAACAAAUGGGAAUGGUUUGGACUACAUGGAAUGGGAAAAUUGGAAAAUAAAUGACUUACUUAAUGAUACUUUUAUUGUGCCUUUUUGGAGCUCAACAGUUGUGGUCAUUGCAUGUAAAAGAGCAGAGAGAAUAUUUAAAAAAAAUAAUAAUAACAAUAUAUGGUUUGGAAUGAUAUGAUGGGUGAGUAAAUAAUGACAAAACUUUCAUUUUUGAGUGAACUUUAAAGCUAAUGAAUGAGUGGCUAAAUGAAUUAAAUGCUGUACAAGUGUGUUUGCAUGUGUGUGUGCUUGCAAAAGCAUAUUUCACGUUGUGUCAACCAUGAGGGAUAUAAUACAUGACCUAUAAAACAUUUGACCAUUGAUGGAUGGACGGACUUUACAAGAACUGGAAUGUAUACUUUCUCAAAAGCUGCACCAAAUACAAACUAACGACCAAAGACAAGUGGUCACCAAUGACAUUGGAAGACCUCACAAGAGAGCGGAAUUGGGUGAGCUGACACGGAAUGACACAAGGAGCAACGUUCCUGUUUGGAUUUCAUGUGGAAUGCUGCUACUGGGAAUUUAAACGGAUAACCAAAGUCUUAUACCAGCGCAUUAAAGGGAAAACAUAAAACUUUUUCUAAAUAUAAAUAUAUAUAUAUAUAAAGAUUAAUGCUGACCAAGUGAUAUUAUUUUGACUGCUACUAUCAUUGUUGUUACUAUAAAAGAAUUUCACUUAUUUAUUUUAUCUCUGUGUAAAGCAACAAUCUUUCCAAAGCCAGUAAACUCUACAGAAACGUGUCCGUGUUUCAAAACAUAUACAUGCUGUGUGAGUUGUCAUUAUCAUCAAACA